CUGACAGGAAGCCCCGCCCAGCCUUCGGAUAGCGGUCGCACAGCUGGUCCAUCCCGUGAUGCAUUGCGGUUCCGGGGACCCCGGGCCCCCUCACUGACCGGGGAGACAUGAGCGGCAGCGGGGGGCCGGGAGCCGGGCCGGGGAGAUUCGCCGAUUACUUCGUCAUUUGUGGAUUGGACACCGAGACCGGUCUGGAACCGGACCAGCUCUCCGCUCUAUGUGAGUACAUUCAGGCUUCUAAAUCCACUGAUGGUGUCGGACGUUUCCUUUCGAGCUCUGCAGAAGGAGAGAAUUUUGAGCAGACUCCCCUUAGACGUACUUUCAAAUCCAAAGUCCUGGCCAGGUACCCCGAGAAUGUGGAAUGGAACGCGUUUGACCAGGAUGCAGUAGGAAUGCUAUGUAUGCCGAAAGGACUGUCCUUCAAGACGCAGUCAGAUUGCCGGGAUCCCCAGUACCAUUCCUUCAUUAUCACCAGGGAAGAUGGGUCAAGGACGUUUGGUUUCGCUCUUACAUUCUUUGAGGAAGUCACCAGCAAACAGAUCUGCAGUGCCAUGCAAACGCUCUAUCACAUGCACAACGCCGAGUACGACAUCAUCCACACGUCGGCCACCAAUGGCAGCGGCCACGCAGACUGUAUGGAGGACUGCAGUGACACACCCGUGUCCAAAUUGCAGCGUUUUAAUUCUUAUGACAUUUCACGAGAUACAUUGUACGUGUCUAAGUGUAUCUGUCUCAUUGCACCCAUGUCCUUCAUGACGGCCUGUAAGAAAGUUCUGGAGCAACUUCACCAGGCUGUAACCUCCGCCCAGCCUCCUCCAUUACCGUUGGAGAGCUAUAUAUACAACAUCCUCUAUGAGGUGCCUCUUCCCCCAGCCGGGAGGUCCCUGAAGUUUUCAGGAGUUUACGCGCCCAUCAUCUGUCAGCGGCCAAGCACCAACGAGCUGCCACUCUUUGACUUUCCCGUCCAGGAGGUUUUUGAGUUACUCGGUGUGGAAAACGUUGUCCAACUUUUUACGUGCGCCUUGUUGGAGUUCCAGAUUCUCUUGUACUCGCAGCAUUACCAGCGGUUAAUGACCGUAGCCGAGACCAUCACCAGCCUGAUGUUUCCGUUCCAGUGGCAGCAUGUCUAUGUCCCGAUACUCCCGGCAUCGCUGCUCCACUUCCUAGACGCUCCCGUCCCUUAUCUCAUGGGAUUGCACUCAAACGGGCUGGAUGACCGCUCUAACUUGGAGCUCCCACAAGAGGCCAAUCUUUGUUUUGUCGACAUAGACAACCAUUUUAUAGAGUUACCUGAAGACCUUCCCCAGUUUCCUAACAAGCUGGAGUUUAUUCAGGAGGUGUCGGAGGUUCUGAUGGAAUUUGGAAUCCCACCGGAGGGGAACCUGCACUGCAGCGAGAGCGUAUCCAAACUGAAGAACCUCAAGACGGCUGACCUUGUGUCUGAUAAGAAGAAUGGAAACUUAGCCCGUUCCCCGUUAAACUCCUUCGAACUUCUCAAAGAAAACGAGACGUUGGCUCGAAUUCAGGCUCUUGUCAAGAGGACCGGAGUUAGCCUUGAAAAGGUGGAAGUGCAGGAGGAGUCCAGCAGCAGGAAGGAUGGGAAGGCUCAGUGUGAUGAGAUUGAGCUGCGGAUUAAUCAGCUAAACAUCCAGGUCCGCGAGGUGUUUGGGAACCGUUUUACACAAAUGUUUGCAGACUACGAGGUGUUCGUCAUCCAACCGAGUCAGGACAAGGAUUCCUGGUUUACAAACCGUGAGCAGAUGCAGAACUUCGACAAAGCAUCAUUUCUGUCGGAUCAGCCGGAGCCUUACCUGCCUUUUCUCUCCCGAUUCCUCGAAACGCAAAUGUUUGCCUCAUUUAUUGACAUUAAAAUUAUGUGCCACGAUGAGGACGACAAAGAUCCUAUUCUACGGGUAUUCGAUAACCGGGUAGACAAGAUUAGACAAUUAAACGUCCGGACGCCAACGCUGCGCACGUCGAUGUACCAGAAAUGCACAACUAUUGAAGAAGCAGUGAAAGCUAUAGAACUACGUCUAUCCAAGAUCGAUCACACUGCAAUCCACCCGCAUCUCUUAGACAUGAAGAUUGGGCAGGGCAAGUACGAACCAGGAUUCUUCCCUAAACUUCAGUCGGACGUUCUCUCUACUGGGCCGGCUACGAACAAAUGGACUAAAAGAAACGCUCCAGCUCAAUGGCGACGCAAGGACCGUCAGAAACAGCACACGGAGCACCUCCGGUUGGACAAUGACCAGAGGGAGAAAUAUAUACAAGAAGCGAGAAAUUUGGGGAGUUCGAUCCGCCAGCCUAAACUCUCAAACCUGUCCCCCUCUGUGAUCGCACAGACAAACUGGAAAUUUGUAGAAGGAUUGCUGAAGGAAUGUCGCAACAAGACAAAGAGAAUGCUGGUAGAAAAGAUGGGCCGGGAAGCUGUAGAAUUGGGCCACGGAGAAGUGAGCAUCACAGGAGUAGAGGAGAAUACUCUGAUUGCCAGUCUGUGCGAUCUUCUGGAGAGGAUCUGGAGCCACGGUCUGCUGGUGAAACAGGGGAAAUCCGCUUUGUGGUCUCACUUGCUACACUAUCAGGACAACAGGAGAAGAAUUGCAGGGGGAAGCAUCAGCACCUCAGAAAUCUUUUUAGAAACUGAAAGACGGAAAUCUGACCCAAAUCCUGUGAUGUGUCCUCUGAAAGUUUCACUGGUGCAAGACAUGAGGCACAUCCAGAACAUCGGAGAGAUUAAAACUGAUGUAGGAAAAGCCCGGGCCUGGGUCAGACUCUCUAUGGAGAAAAAACUUCUCUCCAGACAUCUUAAACAGCUUCUCCUUGACUACGAACUUACCAAAAAACUCUACAAGCGAUAUGCCUUCCUACGCUGUGACGAUGAAAAAGAACAAUUCCUCUACCACUUGCUCUCCUUCAAUGCCGUCGAUUAUUUCUGUUUCACAAAUGUCUUCACAACAAUCAUGAUCCCCUACCAUAUUCUGAUUGUUCCCAGCAAGAAGUUGGGGGGCUCUAUGUUCACGGCCAACCCUUGGAUCUGUAUAUCGGGGGAGCUCGGGGAGACAGGUGUCCUGCAAAUUCCCAGGAAUAUCUUGGAGAUGACAUAUGAGUGCCAGAAUCUUGGAAAGCUGACGACCGCGCAGAUUGGACAUGACAACUCCGGGCUCUACGCCAAGUGGCUGGUAGAACACGUCAUGGUUCGCAAUGAGAUAACGGGACACACUUACAAGUUUCCAUGUGGUCGGUGGUUGGGGAAAGGGAUGGAUGAUGGAAGUUUGGAAAGAGUUUUGGUUGGCGAUUUACUGACACCAAACACUGAGACCGAAGAGCGAUAUUGCCGAACGCCACCAUUGCAGCACUCUCCCAGCAUGAUCCGCAGGCUCGUAGCAAUCUCGCCAAGCAGCAGGCCAAAGUUAAAUACAGGUCAAAUCCAAGAGGCGAUUGGUGAGGCUGUGAAUGGCAUUGUCAAGCACUUCCACAAACCAGAGAAAGAGAGAGGCAGCCUGACCCUGCUGCUGUGUGGAGAGAAUGGACUGGUCUCUGCACUGGAGCAAGUAUUUCAGCACGGUUUCAAAUCCCCACGCCUCUUCAAAAGUGUCUUCAUCUGGGAUUUCUUAGAAAAAGCACACAUGCAUUAUGAUUCCCUGGAGCUGAGUGAGCUGGGCACCGAGGAAGAUUGGCAGAAAAGGGCUCGCAAGUUCUGUCGCUUUAUCACUGCCAUAAACAACACCCCACGAAAUAUUGGAAAGGAUGGCAAAUUUCAGAUGUUUGUGUGCUUAGGGGCCCGGGAUCACUAUUUGCACCACUGGAUUGCCUUGCUCGCGGAUUGUCCCAUCAUAGCACAAAUGUACGAGGACACGGCUUUAAUUAAGGACCAUACGUUGGUGAACUCGUUAAUCCGCGUGUUACAGACUCUUCAGGAGUUUAAUAUCACUUUAGAAAGCUCUCUAAUUAAAGGAAUUAACAUCUGAUCACAAAACGGAAAACCCAUUAACGUACAAGAAAUUUGCAGCGCCACGGGAGAGGCUGUCCUUUGCGAGGCUUCUGGGAUCGUUGGUCACAUCUAGUGGGAUGAGCAGAACUAGACACACUCUGUGUACAAUAUCCUCUAGAAUGCUCUUUUAUAGUUUGGGUUCUGACUUAUUCCAUUCUUUUAUACAAAGAAGUUAAGCGGGAAUACUGCACAGCUUAUUAUAAAGCUUCUUUAUUCGCCCGCCGUGAAAACUGCGCAGAACUUAAUGCCUAUCAUGUUACUGGAUCAACAUAAAAAUGUCUAGACCGUCUAUUACAAUGUAUUGACAUUUCGCUUAGAUGGCAUAUCUUCACUUAUUUGCUAAAACAAAAAAAAAUAUAUAUGCAUACAUAUAUAUAUUUUUACAUUUUAUUGUGCGAGGCUAUUGUUGUAGAAAGUCACUUUUUUUGUUGUUUUGUUUUUUCUUUGUCAGUAUUAUUUUGUCCGUGAACAAAAGGUCAAGAGAGGUCCCUUUAUAUAUCGCAACACAAAUGCACAGAAAGUGUUUUCUUUCAAUUUUUUUUUUUUACAUUAUUUAUUAACUGUUUAUGCUUUCAUUUCCUUAUCACUUCAGUGCCAGAGUAGUCUAAUGCAUCACUGUAGGAACCUCCAGGCAUUGCAAAGAUUCAUGGGAGCGUGUUCCUGGAUCCAAACCGCCCCAUAAGGGUCAGCAAUGUUUGCCCAAAAUAUUAUCUAAUUCUGGUGCUUCAUAGCUUCUGUGAUGCAAUAAUACAGGGCAGUUAGAACUGUUUUAAGAAGGAGAUGUGAAGGAGGCAAUGAUGGUCUGGCUGCUGUCUGAAAACUGAAAAAACAAAACAUAAACCAUUAACCCCCUCCAAGCUGCUCCCAUUGGGACCAGAUGCUGGAGGCAAUUUUUGCACAAUGCAGGCUAAAAAUAAAUAUGUUUACACAAUG